AUGGAUAAAAAGUUGGUUGAUAAUUAUGUUAAACAUGCUACUACACAUAAUCGACUUGGAUCAACAGAACAGAAAGUCUUGGAAGAAGAACAAUGUUGGAGAGAAAUAAAACGCCGUCAUAAAAGAUCAAAUGAAUCUCGUGAUCGAUCACCUGAAUCAAACUGUGCUCAAUCAGAACAAGCACUAGAUGCUUAUGAGCGUGCACUUCGUUCAGAAGCUAAACGCAGUGUAGAAUUACUUUCUGCUCGUACAUUACCAAGCGCUGCUGGUGGACAAAAUGCUAAAGAGUUUUGGCGAACACUUGCUCGUCGACACUGUGACACUGGUCGUUGGGGUCAUGAUGGUUGGGAUGAAUUACAAAAUGAAGGUCCUAUCCCAUUUAAACGUUCUGAAAGUAUCGAUGAUGUAAAAUCAAAAUCAGUCACAUCAAGUAUAACACCUAAACUACCAUAUCAACAUACUGUUGACAAAUUAAAAGAACAAGAAGCAUUGACAAAAUCAAAAAAGAAAACUAAACAUAAAUUAUCCGAAUCAAAAUCGAAGAAAAAACAUGCUAAAAAACGUAAAACUAAAUUGAAAAAAGUUAAAAAGCAUAAGAAAACUGACAAGAAAAAGAAACAUAAGAAAAAAACCAAAGUGUCUAAACGACGAUCACCUACUCCGUCGUCGUCGUCCUCCUCCUCUUCUUCAUCUUCUUGUUCAACAUCCUCUUCUUCAUCUUCAUGUUCGUCACCACCUCCGUCACCAGCUCCUUCAUCGUCCAGUUCUUCAUCAUCUUCCUCCCAUUCAGCAAGUUCCAUUGGAACAGAUGAUGAAAUAGAAUGGCAAGAAUUAAAAGUGAAAUAA